GUGUUCAGUUCCAAUGGUAUGGCGCUUGUGUAUAAGAUGAUUUUAUAAAAUUUUAUAUGAUAAUAUCUAAAGACAGAUCACAUGUGUUUAGUGUAUCGCGCGUAAAGUGGUGCGCAGAAAAAACGUACGGAAGUACCGUCAUAAAACGUGGAACAAAAGGAGCGUGUAACUAGCGCGCUGAACACACUGUUAAUGAUUCUUAAUGUAAACGUAAUUUUAUUAAGUUGAAAGAGAGCAAAGAUGUCACGUUCAAAGUCAGAAAAAAAUGGGAAUGGUAACAAAUGCGAGUUGAGUAUUUGGACACGUGCAAUUACAGCAAAUUCAGAAUGGCCAGAUAAAGAAGAAUUUCUCGAUGUUGUUUAUUGGGCUAGACAAGCAAUAGGCAUUAUUGUUGGUGUAGGAUGGGGUCUUAUACCUUUAAAAGGUUUUAUAGCUCUAUUAUUAUUUGUACUAGUCAAUGCAGGCGUUAUGUAUCUAUAUUUUAACAGUUUUCAACAAAUAGAUGAAGAAGAAUAUGGCGGUAUAUGGGAGUUAACUAAGGAAGGAUUUAUGACUUCAUUUGCUGGUUUUUUGGUGACGUGGAUUAUCAUAUAUUCAGGACUACAUUUUGACUGAUUUAGAAAUAAAAAGUGAUAACACUUGGACUGAAAAUCGAAUUAAUUUGUAAGUGUAAAAUCACUUACUACAAUUGCUAAUGGAAAGUGCUUUAUAUUCGCAUAUGCUUGACUUUAUAAGCACUGGUCUAUGUAAAAGCAAACAUUUUCUAUAUAAAACGCUGGUAUAUAUUAACGGCGUGUCUACGAAAGAAACGAAAGGUAUCAUUUUACAAAGUAUGCAAAAUAAUAUCUUCUUGCAAUUUAUUACCCGUAGAUAAUACUUGUUAUACAAGAAUGAAUUAUGUAUAUACAAGCCUUUUUAUCGUAUUAAAUAACUAUAUUGAACUAGUUUCUUCUUGAUAUACUAACUUUUGCAGUUACGUCGAUUGUUUGAUAAUAAAAACAUUUUUAUUGUUACAAAAAAGAAUAGUAAAACAAUUUUACAAGUAAAACUCAUAGGUGCAAGUACAUUUUUUGGUAUUUCAAAACAAAUACAAAAGAAAGAAAACAAAUUUAACAAACAACAUUAAUGAUCACCCAAUCAUCGAAUGUUUGCGUCCGCGAGCUCGUACUUCUUCAUAUUUAUUAACUAUCUCCUUGCAUUGAGCUUUAUUCGCAUAAUGUUUUUGGUAGCUCUCAUAAAUCAGUGGAAAAAGAGUGGAUACUUCUGAAUGAGCGCUAAGCAAAGAUCUUUCAAGAACGUAUAUAUCAACUGCUUUAUCUUCUACAGUCGAAUCAAUUUGUGCCAAUCCAAAAUCAAUCAUAACAAAAUGAUUUAAAGCUGUAAAUAUGAUACAUAUUAAUACCAAUGUCUUUUUCUUUUUUUUUUUUUUUUUCUACUUAUUUUACAUGACAACUUUCAAGACUUUACCUUCAUCCUCGGUCCAUGUUUCAUCUGAAAUAUUUUUCAAAAGAACAUUUGAAGUCGUCAAAUCUCCAUGGAUUAUAUUAUUUGAGUGCAGUUUAGCUAUAAUUAAUCCUAAUCCUUCUCCUAUAAACUUGAUUAUAUGUUCUACGUUAACUUUAUCUGAUACAUUUUCAUCAAUAUAAUUUUUUAAAACUA